AUGACUGUCACGAGCUCGCCUGCGGGACCAACCACUGGUACGGGGGCUUCACCAGCACCUCCACCUCUCUUGGAAGCAUAUUCGUUUGCCAGGAGGCCGAAUCGAUGUACGAAUCUCCACCAGAGCACCACAAUUGAAUCAUCCCCGGUAACUCCGGCUACUUCGGAUCGACCCGAGUUUUCCUUCCUUAACUCUGGCAGUUUUGGCAGUCCAACGAGGUUCCGAUCAAUGGACCUUGAUGAUGAUUCCGAAGAAGAUUCGGAGUCCGACGAAGAGGAAGAUCAUGAUCCUGCAGCACAGGGCAACGUACCUGCUGAAAUGCGAGUCAGAUCAAAGAGCUUCUCAAGUCAGAAGGGAGAGAGUCCGCGAGUAGAUCGGGAGAAGUUAAGGGGGCUGGUAAGCGGAAAUGGCACACCGGUCAAGAUCGAAAAGAGUGUGCCGUACAGCGUGCGAAGUGAACCUCUACAGAGAGUGUUCAUGAGGCGGUCUAAUCUGCUGCCCAAACCAAAGUCUCUCAGCCGAGUUGCAGCGUCACUUGCUGAUGAAACCCAUCCCUUUGACUUCGAGGUCAAACGUGAGGCAGCGCUCACAAACAUGCUCAGCAAAGAGCCCACCACGGACAGUGAAGUCUCCGUCGACCCUGUCGACGAACUCUUAGAUGCCGAAAGCUGGUCCAUGAGAGAUCAUGACUCAGCUUCAUUAUCAGCUUCCGGUUCUGUUAGGGACAAGGGGCACAGGAGCGAGAUGGAUGAUGAGAGUAUGGCCGAUGAUAUUCCAACACCGUCCAACACGGAGAGUUCAUGUGGUACACCGUCGGAAAAUCCGAACAAUCGCCCAACAACACCGUCCUUCCCAUGGGCUCAACCACUGCCCGCAAUGUCAACAACCUCGACUCCUAUCAAUUUCUCCCGCCAACAGUCAGAAAAUAUCCCUAUGGUCAACAGUGGACCUCUCGCCUCCUCACCAGCUAGCUCCGGAACUUUCUUCCCACCAUCGUUACCUCGCAGGAAGAGAAAGAGCAUGCACGAAGAUACGAGGUUCGAACCGUAUGGGAACAUGAAGAGACGCGCGGUCUCGCCUGGUUUGAACGGAAGUGGUUCCAGUGGGCCGGGAGGACCAAUCAAAGCGGAGAGCCCGGUGCAGAAGAAGACGCAGCCGGUCGGAGGAAUCGGAGAUACCAAUGAAGGGAUCAUGAGAAUGAGCCUCUUCUAG